AUGUCCUCACAAAAAUCUUUCCACUUUCGUUCCGAACAUGUCAAACCGACUCGCUCCGAAGAAGAAUUCGAGCCUUCUUCAAAGACUUCUUCAAGCAGCAGCAGCAAACAAUUAGAUUCGAAAAAGUUCAAUGCUUUUUCUUUGAAUCUAUCGAGUAGCAAUCAUGACCAAAAUAGGUCAUUGUCUUCAUCAUCAUUCCUUGAUUCGUCGUCCUCAUUGAAAAAAGUUCCUUUUAAGAGCGAAAAGAUGAAUCCAACAAUAACAACAACAAGUCAAUCAUUCGAUUUUUCAAAAAAAACAUUCCAACCUGUUCUAGAAAAAACGUUGAGUGGUACUCGAGUACUGAUUUCUGAGAGUACUGAUUCUUCUUCAAGUUCUGUAAAGAAAAAUUUUCGAUUUAUUUGUGUGUUAGAUUUUGAAGCUGUCUUUUCUGAAGAUUGUAAAACCAAUCGAAAUUAUGACAUGGAAAUUAUUGAAUUUCCUUCUGUGCUGCUGGAAUAUGAAUCUCCUCACAAACUUCGAGUGGUGGAUCAAAUUCAAAAUUAUGUUCAAACUCGAAGAAUUCCCAAGUUGAAUUCUGAAUGUACAGCCGUGACUGGAAUUACUCAAGAAAUGGUUGAUAAUGGGGUGUCAUUUGAGAAAGCAUUAACCCUUCAUACAGAAUGGCUUUCAAAACAUUUGAACGGAGAGGAACCUUCUGCUUCAAAUGUAUUAAUGACCACUUGUGGUGAUUGGGAUUUGAAAACUAUGAUUCCUCAUCAAGUUUUUCAUGAGAAGAAAUGCAUUCCUCUUGUAAAGAGUCACUUGUCACAAUGGUGUAAUGUCAAAGAGGUUUAUGGUAGAUUCAUGGAUAAACAAAAAGUCAAUGGAAUGCUUACCAUGUUGAAUGGUUUGAAUUUGGAACUUGAAGGAAAACAUCAUAGUGGAAUUGAUGAUUGUAAAAACAUUGCUCGAGUGAUUUGUGAAUUAGUUUCAAGAGGAUGUUCGUUGGAUGUGACAGCUCGUUUGACAUGUAAACAUGGAGAAUGUUCACGAACGAAAAAUAGUCAAGUGGAACAUGUUUCCUACAACCCAAAAAUUGCUCUUAACAAUUUUGUCGUUCAGAGUCGUGAAUGA